GUGCGCUCUUUUUCCUCCCCCAUGCCCGAAUCCUUUGCUCUGUUUUGCAGCAUUCUGCAUUCUAUAGUUCCUUAGUCAAUCAUCAAGCAUCUCCCUCUCUCUCUAUAUAGGUGUAUAUAUUGGUCUCAGAUGUAGGACGCCUCUCAGAUCAAUGAGUCCUCGUACACUAUCAAUUAGUGAGAGAGAAAGGAUGUCAAGAAGGUAUAUGCGGUGGAGUUCCGAGGAGGAUGAACUCCUCCGCAAGUACGUAGAAGAGCAUGGAGAAAAGAAUUGGCGCCAAGUGGAGUACUAUUUUAAACGUCCCAAAGAAGCCUGCCGUGAUCGGUGGAAGUAUUGUCUCCGGUCUACAGUCGCCCAGCACCCUUUCACCGAUGAGGAGAAAACCAGAAUACGGCAGCUUUACCAUAGGUUUGGUGCCAAUUGGGAUAAUCUAAGAAGAUAUACUCAGGGUGAUCCUCGCUUUCCUACACCCAGAACGGUGUGUGACAUAAAGAAUUAUAUCGAUCAAGUAUUAUUAGAGCGAGCGCAGGACCAAGAUCUUAAUCCAGAUGAUGUUAACGAUAACAAUGGCAACCAAGAAGCUCCAGGGGAGGAUUUUGAUAGAGAUAAUGAAGAGGCUGGUAGUCCUGGCAACUAAUCUUUGGAUCUCUCAUUAUCAUCCCUUCGUGUUUCUCUUUCAGUGGCAAGGAACAUUGAUAUUAGUGCUCCGGCGGCCUCAAAUGAUCCCCCGAAUUGAUUAGCACUCUCAUGGCUUUCUUCUUCUUCUUCUUCUUCUUCUUCUU